AUGAAAGAUACAAAGAUGGCCCCUCCAAAGCACAUCGCCAUCAUCCUCUUCCCCGGCUUCCAACUCCUCGACAUCACCGGCCCCCUCGACGUCCUGAACAUCCUCUCCCGCAGCACCACUCUCCGCCUCUCCAUCCUAGCCUCCACCCUCGACCCGGUCUCCACUUCCCUCCCCCUCCAAACACCCUACCUCGCCACCCUCAAACCAUCCACCCCUCCGAACUCAGACUUUGGACAAGCCAUAGUGCCAACGCAUACUUUCGCCAAUGCCCCAGACGACAUCGAAGUCUUAAUCAUCCCCGGCGGUUUCGGCAGCAGAGCAGAGGAGAACGUCGACCCCAUCGUAACUUUCAUCAGGGAGUACUACCCCAAGCUCACGUAUCUCCUCACCGUCUGCACGGGGUCUGCCAUCCUUGCUAAAUCCGGGGUUCUCGAUGGCCGCCGCGCUACCUCCAAUAAGAAGGCGUUCACCUGGGUCAAGCAGCAGAACGAGAAGGUGGACUGGGUGGCCAAGGCAAGGUGGGUUGUUGAUGGGAAUGUUUGGACAAGCAGCGGGGUUGCGGCGGGUAUUGAUAUGAUGUAUGCGUGGGUGGAGGAGGUAUGGGGCGUGGAGGUGGCGGAGGAAUUGGCGGAUAGUAGUGAGUAUGAGAGGAAUAGGGAUAGUGCUGGGGAUCGGUUUGCGGAGAGGUGGGGGACGGUGUGA